CACGGUGAACACGAUUUUUGUAAUAGAAUCUUCGACGGAAUCAAUAUAGAAGCGACCCGAUCGAAUGAUCAUUUUCACGUUCAAUUAACAUAUCUGAUUAUGCGAAUAACACCGGAAGCAAGCGUUUAAGAGCAGUCACGCAUAUCGGGUAGAGUGGUACGCCUUGAUACACGGAGGAGCGAGAGUGCCACGUUGCGCCAACACCUGUUGGUUUCCAUCAUAAAUUUCGGAUUAAUCGCGUUGCGAUUCUACUACUGCUCCCGUUGCACCUGCGGGGGGGUCGACACAUUGCCGCGUCCAUCUUGUGGAUGGCGUACAAUUAUAUAUUUACAAAUAAUAAAAAGAGAGAAUUGAUGUCCCGGCACAAGAUUGACGAGCUUCACGCUUUCAGCAGUACAAACGCGACGUUCUAGUACGUGAGAUUCUAUUCUCGACGCACAAUUUCGAAGACAAAAUGUUUCCCAAACGACAUCUUGGUGGCCGGGCCUUAAACACCUUAAGGUUCGACGGAGCCCAUAGUGUGAAAGUGGGACCCUCUUCAAUAAGGAGCACUAAAAGAAGGAUCCUUGGGGGCUCCAAUGCGGCGCGUACUACGUUCAUUCAGACUGCUACCGUUGACUCUUUGUGCCAACUUUAUGAAUGAACGUAAAACUCCCCCUGCCGUCGAAUUCCGCCGGUCUUUUUUACAAGUCAGGUGGUUUUGGCAAAGAGAGAUAUUUCGAGGAAAAGGUAACGCCGUCGUUAGUGUCGAGAGUACGUGCGAAAGUUAAUAAAAUGUCGAUACUUUUAAUUGCGCAAUCUUGAUCGUCGAAAUCAAUGAUGCAAGCAAAGGGGGAAGAAGAAGAUCUCGUGCGAAUGAAGAGACUAGAGCGCCGUGGAUCGCUUAUUUUUCAGCGAUAACGCUGAAAUAUAUAGCAAACAGUAAGAGAAGGAAAAAUUCGACAGAGAAAGGAAGAUGAAACUGAAGCAACAUUCUCAACAGCAUCUAACAUAUUUUAUAAUCCCCGCAGGCACUCGAGUCUAAUGGUACUUGAGUUCAGUCAUGAUGAGCAGGUUUCUCAGCUUUGUGAAUAACAUUCGGAGCAAAAACUAACGACUGUGAGAGACGAGAGAGAAGAUUUAGCCCGAAAAGCAGUCACGUACCUACAGGUUCCUCACGGCAGGUAGGUCCAUUUUGUUAUGUUAAUGACGAUCAGAUGAAAUAUCCGCUAAACGGACGAGCUGGCAUUCAUAGCGGCACGUUUCUUCACAACGCCGAGGUAUCAAGUGGCCAUUCGGUCGGCAAGUGGUACCUGUGAGACUCGUCGAGUAGUGAUGGAAGCCUCGUCGACGAGAACUCGUUGGAAUUUGGGAGGCAGCUCGGCUGUGAAUUCAAGACAGGCUGUCGAGAGAAAUAUCAUUUCAUCCAAGAUGAACUUUUCAAUUUUAUCGCAGAAAAUGGAAAGUCAACGACAUUUAAUGUUCAGAGAAUUCGUGUGAGUUUGAAUGUAAAUGAUCCUAUAUAUACGACGCGAGUUGGUCGUUACGGAAUUCAUUCAAGAUAAGCGCGCGCGGACGAAGGAUCGCGAGAUUUCUUCUCGUCUCGUUUCUUUAAAGAGAAUAAGCCGUCGGAAAGAGAAAUGAGAGAAAAAUAUUGUAUAAUUUAUACUACUUGUCCCCAAGGGUAUUUGGAAAAUAAUGGACCGAUCGCGCGCGACAGUUUCAAGUCUCAACGUGCGGAUCGUGAAACCGUGGCUAUUCGGCAAUGUUAUUAAACUAGAAAGCUCAGGAAGACUCCACUCGAUCAUUGGAGGGUUGCAAUAAUUCGCGGCACGAUCCCCCUCGACGGUGUCGACCAGUUUUAUGGUAGCAAAGAGAGAGAGAGAGAGAGAACAACGACACUGCGAAGCAACGGCCGAGGCAGUAAAACAAUGAGACGCAGACAAAUUGGGUUGCGUGCUCGAAACAAGUUGGCACAGCUAUCGCCAAACAGUCGUGGGAGCACAGCAAAUGUUACUCGAUUGCCCGGAGCUCGAGACUCCUCCAUUUUUUCCCGCCGACGCUCGGAACUUCCGGGAUGGGGUAGAGAGGAGAGGCGAAAUCGAGGAAAAAUGUCUCGCGGGCUACCUCCCUACAUCGGCCUCUUCUCUUUCCUCUCUCUCUCUCUUCGUUUCGUCCAACAUACGAUUCUAACCGAGUUAGACGUUGCAACGAGACAGUAUCUUGUGUCCGGGCCCUUCUUCUCCGCGCCCUCGUAAACGAUAUCGAUGGAAAUAAUUUGUCGAGGUAUACUUUGAUACGUUGAUAAGUUCUUAUCGGUGUUGUAAUAUUGAUAUAGAUCACUUGGUACGCAUCACGAGGCGCGUCUCCCUCCUCUUUAAAUAAACAUAAACGACGAUAUUUCUAACUUACUUAUUCUAAAAAGUUUCAUUUCCGAUCUAUAAAUACGAUUGUUUGUAAUACGCCGUAUUUCGAUCGAUUAAACGCUAAUUGUAUCAUCUUGAUCGCUUCUCGAAGAUACAGGCUUCUUCGCAGCUUCCGAAUUCUUAUGUACGCGACGAUAAACUCUGGGAGUCGAGACCACAUCAGAAAAGUCGGGACGACCCUUUUCCGUAGUUUUUGACUUUCUUGGUGUGCGAGGGCCCGCGCGAUUGUAUAGAGGCCGGUUUGAAUAAACCGGAAACUCGCUCCAUCGUCGGCCUUACCUGUUCCCCUCUCUCUCUCUCUCUCUCUCUCUCUCUCUCUCUCUUUCGAACCCUCAUUUACGUGCUUGCGUCGUGUGCAUUCAUUGUUGAAUACCCGCGUUCUCUCUCUCUCUCUCUCUCUGUUUGCGAUUGGAUACAACCUGCGAUUCUAUUCAGCGAGACGUACGAUUCCGGCAAAUCAUCGGGCAGUUCGCUCCGGAAAUCAAAGAUGCGGUCAAUCGCUGUACCUAAACACCUUAAAUGUUCGACAAAGAUUGUAAAAAAAGGCCGCGCCAUAAAUGCGUCAUUCCACCAACUUGACAGGUUUUUGAUUGUCUCGCGAAAUUACAAAACGAUAUAAAAUAGUGCGGACCACCACGUUUCUCCUGCCAUUUUCGAUGAUAAUUUAACAUCAUCCACCUUCGGCAAUCAAUAGCGUCGGGUAUAAUACGUACAGCAUUACCGCGAUAAUAUUUUAUCUGCGAUCGAACCGUCGCGAAAUAAGGUCACCAAGCGACGUCGAUUCGAUCGCGGAAUUACUUUUACGCGCGUAUAAUUCCGACGAUAUAUACCGUGCGAUAAUCGCGAAAUAACGCGCUUCAUCGCAGCCGACGUAACAAAUGCGUGUCCGCGAAUAAUAAGCGGUUGAGGUGAAAAAAGAAGGAAAUCAGGUCAGCUUGGUGGUUGCGCCUUCUUUCUCUGCUCUCGUCGAAUGCAAUUAUCGCGGAAAAAGGGGCCGAUAGUCACGGAUUGUCAAGUGAUAGAUAGGCGCUUCGCCGUAAAAUUAGCCUCUGUAGUCUAUUACUUUUCGUUACUACUCGCGCGGAAAAGGAUGCUCUUUGCACGAAAACAAGAGACAUUUGUUUUAGCAAAUGUUCCUCCGAUUGCAUUCCCGAUGUUAACCUAUACAAUCGCAUAGUUUAUUCGCGAAGUAUAUAUACCUCUCUGUAAAAUCGGGCUCUCCUUCUCGUGGCUUUUCGGCCAGGUAGACGUUCGUACAACACUCGGUCCCGGUUUCUAACCCAGUUUUGCGUAUCAAUAGACGGCAAUCUGGAUAGAGUAGCAGGAAGAAGGGGUGAAAAAUCGAAAUGACACAGUAAAAGCACCGCUAAUGCUCUUUCACAUUAACACUCGACGUAAAGUAUGCUCUCGGUGUAAAAAGCCCUGAUCGAUGAAGCCCGGCGAUUGGCCCGCUCGCCCGGCAGGAUUGAAAUCAACCCCCGUACUGUCGGCCGAGGGUUUCCCCGACACGAGACGGUCUCAUUGGUCGAGCGACGGCACCACCCCUUGGUAACAUAGCCCGUAUAACGUUACCAGUCGCGUUGAGUCCCGCGGGUUACCCUCUUCGUAAGGUCGCGGGAGACUUCGGGGGAGAUUCCUUGCGUACGAUUUUCAUUUUCACGCGUGAGGAUCUCGUGAGGCCGACGAUAAAAACACACACACACAUAUAUAUCCGGAGGAAUCGAGACGGGAGGAAGCGAAAAUCAUACACGACCUUUGAGGAGGAGGAUCUUAUCUUUCGAAUUGCACAGACUAUUCGCGACGGGACGGUAUAAACGUCUAACUUUCGGACGAGAACUGAAGACGGCGAAAGAGCGUUUUCCCAUUCUGCCAGCUUCUCCCGCGGGGAACGUUUCCUCACCACCGGUCGGCAGGGUGGGAAUAAAGCGAGCUAGUCGGGGAUGAACGAGAAAUCUCCGCCUCCGUGGUAAAGAACCGCCCUCCGCUUCGAGGGUGCUUGACGAGGGAAACUGCACGGAGGUAGGGAACACUAGCCGUCAAGUGCUCGUCGAGGAUACUCAAAAACUACAAGAAGAGUCCUUCAGCAGCUCCGAAAAGGAAUCGGCGCACUUUUCGAGUCCUUCGGGCGCUCGCGCCCGACUCGUGCGACUCAUCGAAAGUUGCACGAUAUCGGCUUAUAAUCGCGUUUUUUCCACAAGGAACUAUAGUUGUGUUAUAUGUGAUAAAACAGUGAGAGAGAAGGUACUCGAGAGUACAGUGACUGAAUCGCGAGAAGAGAAGGUAUUGUUUGAACGUACGCGAGAACGAUUAUGAAAAUUACUGUAGUUAAUACCGAGUGCGAAUAGCGAGGGAACAAAGGAACGAGGGAGAAGAAGAGGAGCUUUCGAACUGAAUUAUCAUCGAAAAUUAUAAACGGGCAUUAGUGAGGAGGAAAAGAAGAUAAGCGGUGUAACAUGUACUGACGCCAAUAACAAGCCGAUCAAAAUCUCUCAAAAUGGCGGACAAGAAUAAGGUAGAAAAGAUUCUACCCUGGCCGAUUAUACCGUAUCCGAUCAGUGUCUGGAACCAGCUUUGGUGUAAUCAGCUCGUAUUGAACCCUAGGUUGUUGGAAGGUUGCAUCAAAGUACCGGCGAGGACUUCCAGCUUCCACAUCAGCGACAUUUUGGAAUUAAACGACAACAAGCCGUCGCAAGAGGAGACAAAUGUGCCAGGUGCGACGACGGUUCUAUCCGCGGCGAACGACAUGCCGUCGGCUUACCAGCAACUUCUUGAGCACACGUCCGCUAUGCUGCAACCGGCUAUGCACGCUAAUCUGGCCAGGAAUACGCUGCCACCACCUCCACCGGGAUUAUUAGGAUGGACAACGGGACCGUCGGCGCUGCCGACGGCGUUACCUCAACCCUUGGAGGAAGUGAAUGUUCUCCAGCAACCGGACUCGACGAGCCCGGCGAUCUCGGACUUGUCGUUUCCGUCACAGCAAGAGAACAGCCACGAGUCGAAGGACGAGGAGUCGCAGGACUUUGAGGACGAGCAGCAGGGCAACGAGACGCAGGCGCACGAGACCGAGCAUAAAAAGCGCAAGCGACGAGUGCUGUUCUCGAAGGCGCAGACCUUCGAGCUGGAACGGCGCUUCCGUCAGCAGCGGUACCUGAGCGCGCCCGAACGCGAGCAUCUCGCCUCCGUGAUCCGGCUUACCCCGACCCAGGUGAAGAUCUGGUUUCAAAAUCACAGGUACAAGACCAAGAGGGCGGCGAGCGAGCGCGUCGAGGCCGGCGGUAGCGGCUGCUCGCCGAGGCGAGUCGCCGUGCCGGUGCUGGUGAGGGACGGCAAGCCCUGCCAGUCCAAAAUGAUGGAGCCCGCGAUGUACCCCGGCGGCCAGGUCCCCAUGGCGUCGUACGUGCAAAAGUACUGGUGGUAGAAGAAGGUCAGCGACCCGUGGAUGGAUCUCUUUUCUGAGGGCGAUUCGCCCCGUGACUCGUCUUGACGAAAGACUCUGGAAGGAGCGAUCGAAGAUGGGAACCGACGAGUGAUCGUCGUCUCGAUUGUGUUAUGACCGUCGCGAAGCUCCUUUAGCAUGUUACCCUCGCCCGAGAUUUUGCGGUGAUGAACGCGCGCGAAAUUCUAGCGAACGAAGCAAGGAUUUUUUGAGAGAGCGACGUGUAAUAUUUCUAGGUAAGUAUUUACCGCGCGUGAAACACGCCGGCGGCAGACUUUGCAUAUCGCCAACACCUAGACGCGUGUUCAUUUAAAAGACGAUUCCUUGGAGAGAUUCCCCUCCCCCCCCCCCCCCCCNUAUCAAUGUUAGACGACCGAGAGGUCGGUUUAACGCGGUCGGUUUAAUAGAUAAUUAGAACGUUUCUUCGAGAGGCAACCGGAAGCCUCUCCUUUUUGCGGAGAGUAUACUGAUAUUUACGAGGAAAUUAGAGAGUGUACCGUCGAAUACCAAAGAUUGUUCGCGUCUAACGAGCUAAAUUCACGUGGACAGAUAAGUGAAUAAUUAAAUAGAUGUAAGGAAACACGCAGUAGGAAAAGAGAGUUUCUUUUCUUUUAAACGAAUAUAGAUGUUGCUCGCGUACAAAGUAAGACGUUUGUACAAAAUUGUUAUUAUACUUCUUAUGAAGAAUCACGUAGAAGUUCAAAUUAGUCGUUAGAACGCACAGAGGAUUGGUGUAUCAAUUCCUUUUGAACGACGAUGAAUCAUAGAUAUACGUAAAAUGCCGAUUACUGCCAAGCGAGUAGUCGAAUUCGUGACUUGAUUGAAAUCAUUGCGGCAUACAACCCAUUUCUUCACGCAACUCUCCCCCUCUUUCUCGCACUUUGUCGGGAGACUCACAAUUAUGGUAUUUGAUAGAUUCUCAACACUAUUGCGAGUUUUACUACAAAGUUGAACGCGCGACUUUAUAUUUACAUAUUUGAAGACAAAUAUGCUUUGCGUAAAACAAAAACAACUCGGCUGAUAUUAAUAUUGAUUCCUUUUCGUUGUUCUCAAGUUUGCUGGAAGUAACACGUCGUCGAGAUGUAAUAACGUUCGGCAUGUUAAUAAAUAUUGUUCGACGCCGAUCGAUGAUUAAACGAUGUAUUUAGCACGAAGUAAUCAGACAAUUGAAUGUGCGAGCAAUCGCAAGGUAUCCUAAUUUCUUUUCGUACUUAAUCGAUUAGUUGAUGAUACGUUGUAUAUAUGUACAUUGUGUAUGAUACAUAGUAAACUAAUAUAUCAGAAACAUA